UUCCGGCGUUGCGAUUUGGGACGGACGCACGCACGAGAUGAAGUGCGUGUUUGUAACCGUAGGGACCACCAGCUUUGACGAGCUCAUAGCGUGUGUGUCGGCGCAGGACAGCUUGCGAAUCAUCCAGAGUCUUGGUUACAGCCGACUUAUCCUCCAAAUUGGUAGAGGAACAGUGAUACCUAAACCAUUCAGUACUGAGUCAUUUACUCUGGAUGUUUACAGGUACAAAGAUUCCUUGAAAGAAGACUUUCAACUAGCAGAUCUUGUUAUUAGUCACGCAGGUGCAGGAAGCUGUUUGGAGACUCUGGAAAAAGGCAAGCCACUUGUGGUAGUUGUAAAUGAAAAGUUGAUGAACAAUCAUCAACUGGAAUUGGCAAAGCAGCUACACAAAGAGGGACAUCUCUUCUACUGUACUUGCAGCACGCUUCCUGGGCUGUUACAGUCAAUGGACUUAUCAACACUGAAAUAUUAUCCUCCUGGACAGCCAGAAAAAUUUUCUGCAUUUUUGGAUAAAGUUACUGCUCCUUUGUGCCUAGACCUUGAACUGCUUUCUGGAUACACCGCUGCCCCACUGUUGUGCCCCACUGUUACUUCAUUCUACUCUUCUAUUCUUCCUCGUGGCAAGAUGCACAAAGGAUGGAAAAAGUACUGCAGCCAGAAGUCUUUGAAUGAAUCAUCAAUGGAUGAAUAUUUAGGCAGUUUAGGGCUGUUUCGAAAGCUGACUGCCAAGGAUGCCUCUUGCCUCUUUCGGGCUAUUUCAGAGCAGUUAUUUUGCAGCCAGGUCCAUCAUUUACAAGUCAGGAAGGCUUGCGUCUUAUAUAUGAAGGAGAAUCAACAAACUUUUGAGUCUUAUGUGGAGGGAUCUUUUGAGAAAUACCUGGAACGGUUGGGAGAUCCCAAGGAAAGUGCUGGCCAGCUGGAAAUACGAGCUCUUUCUCUAAUUUAUAAUCGGGAUUUUAUUCUUUAUCGCAAUCCUGGAAAGCCACCAACUUGCGUCACAGAAAAUGGCUAUGAAGAUAAGAUUGUACUCUGUUAUACAAGUAAUGGUCAUUACGAUUCUGUGUACUCAAAACAAUUUCAGACAAGUGCAGCCAUUUGUCAGGCUGUACUGUAUGAAAUUCUCUAUAAAGAUGUAUUUAUUGUGGAUGAAGAAGUGUUGAAAGCUGCAAUUAAUUUGUUUCGAAGUGGUUCCAGGAAGAAUAGAAACAAUGCUGUGAUUGGAAGUGAGAAUGCUGAUACUGAUCAGAAGAGUUCAACUCAGGACAGGACUGAAGAGUGUGGUACCUUCUGCAGUGUUGAAAAUAUCCCAGAGGGUUGUAUUCAAGGAUCAGAAGAAUCAAAGUCUCUAGAAAAUCUGCCGAAGUUGUUCUUCCCCUAUAAGGUGCUCAAAGCCCUGGAUCCAGAAAUCUAUCGUAAUGUAGAAUUUGAUGUUUGGUUGGAUAGCAGAAAAGAACUCCAGAAAUCGGAUUACCUUGAGUAUGCCGGGAGACAGUACUAUUUGGGAGACAAAUGUCAGGUUCGUUUGAAAUUAGAUGGAAAAUAUUAUAAUGCUCAUAUUCAAGAAGUAGGAAAUGAGAACAAUUCAGUAACAGUUUUCAUUGAAGAACUGGCAGAAAAGCAUGUUGUUCCACUGGCUAAUUUAAAACCAGUUACCCAAGUGACAUCUGUUCCUUCCUGGAAUGCUGUACCAAGUCGAAAAGGAAGAGGUUAUCACAAAAUACCUGGAAGCUAUGUCCCAGAAAUAGCUAUGUCAGAGAUGAGUAUAAAGCAGCGGAAGAAGAUCUUCAAAAAAGGCCGAGGAAAGGAGGUCCAUAUGAAUAUGGCCUGUGGCAGGGGAGAACCCAUCCUCCCACCUAGGCUUCACCAUGGAAUGCAUUAUGGACAUGGUCCUCCACUGCAGUACUCACAGAUGGCUGGCAAUGUUAUGUCCAGUGAAUAUUUUUAUCCUCAACAUUCAUCUCAAAGACAUGGUCGUGGAUAUGGGAUGUUCAGGGAUUCAUCUCACUUUAUAGAUAGACACAGUGUACCGAACCCUAAAGUUGGUUUUUACCCUGGCCCAGGUAAAAGGUGCUUCCAGAACUAUGAUAACAUCUCCUAUAGAUCCCGUUCCUAUAGACGUGGUCAUCGUCAGAUGCGUUGUAUGAAUAAGGAAUGCCAGUACAGCUUUGCCCCAGGAGGCCAGAUUCCCAGUGGCCUUCAAGAAACUGUUGCUUACUACGAAGUUGCAGAAGGGAAUGAGACUGCUUAUCCAACUUUACCUAACCAUGGAGGUCCUCCUACGAUGGUUCCUGUUACUUCAGGAUACUGCGUUACAAGGCAAGGACAUGGCUCAGGAAAACAGACUUUGAAUUCAACGGAGGGUAAUGGCAGUAAUGACAAUGGGGGAUAUCAUGAAGAAUAUCUUUACUCAUCAGAAACUGACUAUGGAAAUUCAGAUGUGUAUAGCACGACUGCAUCUACAGCAAACUUGGUGAUAGGAAAUUCUGCAGCAAGUGAAAAUUCCUGUCCUGGUCAUGUUCCAGCUCCAGUCUUACCUAACUGUGCAGCAGGUGAUCAAUCUAGUAGUACCUCAUCAGUUUCUUCGCAGAAUUCUAUACAGCCUGUAUUUGUCACUCCACCUACUCAAGGCAAGCCAGGUGCUGUGGCCUCUCUGCCACCACCACCUCCUCCUCCACCAUUACCUCCUCCCCCUCUUGAGAUAGGAGAAGCUUCUAAUUUCCCACCACCACCUCCACCUUAUUCCUGUGAUCCAAGUGGAAGUGAUCUGCCUCAAGAUACAAAAGUUUUACAGUAUUAUUUCAAUCUGGGAUUGCAGUGCUAUCACCACAACUACUGGCAUUCCAUGUUCUACAUGCCACAAAUGCAGCCACAGCAACUUCAUGUAGACAAUCUUCCAAUUUGUUCUGAGUCACCUCUGGUAGACCAAACUGCUCCUCACUUGUACAAUGAGGUAGAGAUAGCAGAUGGUACACAGGCAGAAGCAUCAACAAAUGAUAUUAUUCCAAAUGCUGACCCUGUAUCUAUCCCUCAUGGAACAGUCUAUUAUCCAGUAAUGUCAGAUCAUUAUGGACAACCCCCUUUGCCAGGUUUUGAUUCCUGCUUUCCUGUUGUGCCAGAUUAUCCCUAUGUUACCAACUGGCAUCCUGUUGGUGCAACAUAUGGUGGUUCUUCGCAAAUCCAUGGUGCUAUAAGUCCUGUCCCAGUUGGCUAUACGGCUUCACCUCACUUGGCUUCUCAUUACAUACCUCAGAAUAUGUAAGAUUCAGCAGUAUGAAGCAUUAUUGCACUGCCUUUUGAUUGCUAUAUUUUUUUCUUAAGGUCUCCUAUGUAAGUAAUUUUGGUGGUAAAAGUGCUUACUCUCUUGUAUCUGCCUUUAAGAUUUUUAAAUUUAAAGUAGUCCUUUAAAAUGAAGAAUGUUACUUUUGAGUUUUUGAAUAAGAAAAUUGAGAAGGAUGUAUAACUAGCCUUAUAUUAUUAUUUUUCUAUCAGCCAGCUUGUCAACAUUGUAUUAGUUGAUGAUGCCAAUUGACAAAUGGAAUAAAUUAUACCAAUUAUUUCCUUUGUUAUUUUGAGUGUAUUAUUUUGCUCAAAAUUAGAAUUAUUUCUACUUUCCUGGAAAGUAAAGCAUCAAAGCAUAGAAGCCUUUGAUUCUAGGUACUAAAUAUUAACUGAGAGAGUUCUCCAGAUUUAUUUUAAUUAUAUGACUGGAGUUGUAUUCUGUGAUAUCAGUUUUGAAGGAACAUGGUGCUCGGUUUAAAAUUUAUUCCAUAUUUACUGCUUAAUUUUUGAUUUACAUGAUUGUUUUUCUGUGCAGUAUUAAAUUGGUGUCUUUUGCACAAUUACCAGUAAAUAAAAACUAGCAUUUAAAAUUGC